GAUAAGAAGUGAUGAAAUAAGAGAUCAAUAUAGAUUAUUAAUAUUUUACAUUAUUGAUUCAUAUGAAAUUUUGGAUGUUCCAAGGUCUCCAAAAAAUUUCACAUUGAACUAAUAUAAUAGCGAUAAAAGACAAUUAAAAGAUUAUAUUUUAAUUGCGGUUAUCUAAUCGAAGAAAAUUAUCAGAAUAAAGACUCAAGUCCAUUGUGUUAUUCGUGUGUAAAUGCAGCUCAGUCAUCAAAUUAUUACAGAAUUGGUGGCCACAAGCGCAGACAUGGACAGCCAAACAGGGAAGAUCACAAGCUGGAGGCAGCGGUAUGCGACCGUUGAACCUCUCGCUAUUGCCAUGACAUUUGCUUUCACUUUAGAAGCUACCGUCAGUCAGGAUAUGUUUAUCUUUCAAACCUGCAAAACUAGAUUGAACUUGACAAAUUGCGAUAUUAUUCAUGACAACAGUUCAAGUAAUGAAGCCAAAAAUAUACAAAGAGAGGCGCAAAAGAUCACCAGUUUGAUUUUAGUAAUUAAGUCGUGCAUAGAGACCAUCUUUCCGUCUUUGUUCACGUUAUUUUUUGGAUCGUGGAGUGAUAAGAAUGGAAGAAAACCGCUGUUUUUCCUGUCGUACUUAGGUUACUGCUUAAGUUUUGCGAUCAGUGGAACCAUGAGUCUUUUUAAUCUCGAUCCAUAUUGGCUUUUGCUUGCCUCCGUACCGCGUGCUCUGACGGGUGGUUCGGGCAUUUUGUUCGUGGCAUUGUUUUGUUAUAAAUCUGACACAACGACAAAAGAAAAUAGAGGUACUGGUAUAGCUUGGGUGGAAGCUGCCGUAUUCGUUGGAAUUUUGAUUGGAAAUUUUACGGGGCCUUACAUAUUUAAAUGGGCUGAUUAUAAAGCAGUUUAUUUCACGUCACUUGGAUUUGGAGUUGCUGGUUUAAUAUACAUUAUAUUUUUUGUGCAAGAAUCAGUGCAACGCGAAGGAAAGAGAGAAUAUAGUUCAAUAUUGAAUUGGACUUUGAUGAAAGAUUUGUAUCUUGCGGUAACAAAGAAGAGAGAUGGAUUUUAUCGAAAUUAUACGUGGCUGAUUCUCGCUACAGCUUUUAUAAAUAAUGUAAGCAUGGAAGCUAACAAAGCUCCCAGUUUUUUGUUCGAGACAAGAGUAUUAGGUUGGAAUGUACAAAAUCAUUCCGUUUAUAAUGGAUUUAAUAUUGUAAUUUUUGUGGUUGGCAUGAUGUUGCUAAUCAAAGUAGGUGGUAAUGUAUUAGGAUUUUCCGAAUUUUUAAUUUUAACUCUAUCGUGUAUGUGCAAUAGUGCGGAUUCUAUGGUUAAAGCAUUCACAAAUAAGUCUUGGCAAAUGUACUUAUCAAGUGUGAUAGGAUUUUUCCACGUAGCGUCUACUCCAACAAUUUUAUCUUUAGCGACAAAAGGAAUUCCGGAAAAUGAUUCAGGCAAAGUAGUGACUCUUAUACAAGUUUCUAAAGCUAUUCUGCCUUCUGCUGUAAGCUCAAUUUGGAUGCCAAUUUGGAGAUCUACCAUGGAUAUGUAUCCGCACCCUGUUUGGCUGUUAUCAUCAACAAUACCAUUUUUCACACUUACUCUUACGUAUUUCGUUAGAAAAAAGUGGUUCAAAUUAGAAGGCAUAAAAAGGGACACGCCUUGAACAUUAACUUUUGUAACAAAUUUAUGUUAUAUAUUUUGUAAUAUUUAUUGUAAAAUAAUAUGUGUUA